AUGAAUUCCCACUCGAGUGAUUUUAUCAGUGACCGUUAUAGUGAAUCUGAAUUGUUGAAAACUAUUAAACCUAUUAUAAAAAACGAUGAUGCUGAUCAGUUGUUGAAUAUACUGACUAAUCGUAGACGGAAUUCCAUUAUUACUACUGAUAAUGACAAAGGUAGUAAAUUGGAGAGACAGUUGCUUUAUGAACAUACACUCUUGGGAUAUGAUGAUCAAGGGAAUUUACUGCAAGUGAGUCUAAUUCCACCUUUUUCGAUAGAUUUUAUUUGCUUGAUUCAUAGUUAA